AUGGAUGUGGCUGCGAAACCCGCCACUGUGACGGGUGAAUUUGAUCAAGCUGGACGCUCGGAGCGAGCUGAAAGUCGAAGUCACGAUCCUUUGGAAAUUGACGAACUCGAAUUUUUGCCGGUGCUAGAUAGUCAGGUCGAGAACCUUGGGUCAAUCCGACCGGCCACGACACUGCGCAACAGCUACACGGCCGCCGACUUUACAGGAAGCACAGGCGAAUCACCAGCCGUUCACGGGCAGUCCCAUACCCAUGACCGCGAGAUGCGCGAUGUUAUCUCCGCCGAGAGCGGUUGGAUGGGUACCUGGGAUGAAGGCACGUUGUCCACUGGUCUUCAAUCAGACAGUGUCGCACCCAUCCGGGAAGGCGUCCUCCCUGAGUGUGGCGAAAGCCCACUAGCGCUGUCUGGCGCGAUGCAGAUUCCUGAGCCUGCGAAUGAUUUGUUGUCACUAGCCAGCCUAGGAGACUCGGCUGACUAUGCUUCUCAAAGUCUUGAGACACCGAAGUUAGAAGAUGGGGACGUUGACCCACACAUAGCAAAUACCCCUGCGAGUGGUACCCUAGGAGACCUCCCGAUUGAGAAUCGCAUCGAUUUCCUCCUCGAAAAAGCCAAAACUGUUGGCUUCGAUACAUUCGAUGAGAUGGUCACCAUUUACUAUACAACGAGCAGCAAUGAUAACAACUUGGAUCAGAAUGAUUCCUGGUUAAGUCGAAGUAGACGCCUGCCGCAGGUCCUCUCAUCCUCGUACUACGCGGCACAGGGUUGGAAUGAGUGGGAGCGGCGAGGUUUUCAAGUAGAGCUUUUGCGAGGCGCCGAGGAAACUUUGAUGGAAGAAAUUAGGACAUUUCGACAAAGUGCAAGCCUCUCUACUCUCUUGGACGCAUCUCUGAAAUCCGAUCUAUCCGAUGUUCAAAGUCGCCGUGAAGAGGAGUUGAUGCAACAAGCCCGGAAGAACAUGCCUCAUCUCUGGGCCUUCAUUUUUUCGCUAACAGCGAGGAAUCCGACAAUUGCACCGGCACAACGUGUCGGCGCUGUGUACCGAAUCAUUAUAGCCCUGUGUGGGAGUAUAGAUGUACCGGCUUUGAAAUGA